CUUGAUCCAGGGGGUUGAGCCUGAUGCCCGAGCCCUCGUCCUCAGUGGUGGGAGACGCCCCUUCGGGCAUCACUGUCGCAGUAGUGAGCAGUCGCCUUGGGGAGGUGAGCGAGUCUCGACCGAUGGCCCACUCGUCAUGGCAGGGAAGAGCCGAGCGCUUCGCAAAACAGCUGCAUGAUCAGCGCCUCCCGCGACCGAGGCCCCGCAAACGGGCCACCAGGCAUGUUGUUGCAAGCUCCGCCGUCCUCUGGGGCCAAGCAGGUGCACAGUGCCGCGAUCCGCCCCUGCAGGUGCCUUGUGUAUCUCUACCUAUUGGGCAGGGAAGAGGUCCAGCAGGUCGCCCUGCUGGAGCGUGCCGCCUGCCACACAGCUCGUUGCACUUCAGGGGACGGGGCCGCACCCUCGACCACCAAAACCUCUGGAGGUUAUGGCGGGGAGCUUCGCUCAGAGAGUCGCUCCGCCGGCUCUGGCCAGCAGUGAGGUCCGAGGCCCGAGGUCAGAGGGUCGAGAUGCGAGGUCUUCGGACGAUGGGUUCUCGGCGGUGUUCCAUCCUCGGGGUGCUGUCCUGCAGCUGUGCCUCGCCGAGAGCGCCCUGGGGGUGCUCGAGUCGUCCCGAAUGGCC